AUGGCCUCAACCACAAAGCAGCGCCUCGCUGUCGCGAUCUGCGAAUUCCUCUCCUCCUCCGUAUCCGACGGCACCCUCCCCGCCGACGACAAGGACUCCGUCGACGUCGCCAUCCAAUGCAUCGCAGACUCCUUCAAGGUCGACCCCUCCGACCCCAAGCAGCUCGCCGACGCCGUCGGCACCCAGAAUCUCUUCCAGAUCUACGCCGUCUAUGAGUCCCUCAAGAAGGCCAAGGAGCAGAACGCCCCCGCCGCGGCCGAGGGCGCCGCCGCUGGAGCUGCCGCCGCCGCAGCAGCCGCAGGCGGCACCACCCCCAAGGUCCCCACCGACGCCGAGAAGAAGGACGCCGAGGCCCUCAAGUCCAAAGGCAACGCCGCCAUGGCCACGAAAGACUACCCCGCCGCCAUCUCCCUCUACACCCAGGCCCUCGCCCUGCACCCGACCAACGCCGUCUUCCUCUCCAACCGCGCCGCCGCCCACUCCGCCGCCAAGGACCACACCUCCGCCAAGUCCGACGCCGAGGCCGCCGUCGCCAUCGACCCCACCUACACCAAGGCCUGGUCCCGCCUCGGCCUCGCCCGCUUCGCCCUCGGCGACGCGAAGGGCGCCAUGGAGGCCUACGGCAAGGGCAUCGAGUACGAGGGCUCCGGCGGCUCCGAGGCGAUGAAGAAGGGCUUCGAGACUGCCAAGCGCCGCGUCGAGGAGAUGGAGCAGGAGGAGGUCGACCUGCCCCGCUCAUCCCCCGGCGCCGGCGGAGCUGGCUCCGGAGGCAUGCCCGACCUGAGCAGUCUCGCGAGCAUGCUCGGCGGAGGUGGUGGUGCCGGCGGCGGUGGCAUGCCCGACUUCAGCCAGAUCAUGAACAACCCCAUGUUCGCCAGCAUGGCGCAGAACCUGAUGAGCAACCCGGAGUUGAUGGGCAACCUGAUGGGCAACCCGCGUCUUAGAGAGAUGGCGGACCGCUUCGGUGGCGGUGGAGGCAUGCCUGACCUCAACAGCCUCAUGUCCGACCCGAGCAUUGCUGAGAUGGCCCGUAACAUGAUGGGAGGCGGCGGCGGUGCGGGUGCGGGUGCAGGUGCUGGCGCUGGUGCCGGUGCCGGUGCCGGUGGUGCUGGUGCUGGCGCGGGUGCUGGUGCGGGCCGCGGCAACUAG